GGCCGUAAGUAAGAACAAGACAGAAAGAACCAGACAAAAAGAAAUGGCUCUGCUGAGUAAUUUUUAAACUCUGGGCGCCUAUCCCUUUAAGAGAGUAGGCCGUGCUCCAACUCCGCGGCGCCCCAAGGUGCCUUGCGCUGCAGGACGACCUCCCUCCCCCGCAUCGCCGUCCCAGGGUUCCCUGCGCGACGGGCUCGCUUCCGGCGUGCUCGGAGCGCGCGGCGAGUGUGGGCGUGCAUUUGCGUUAUUCACCCCCACUUCGGCCUUGCUUCGCAGCCGCUGGGGCUUGAAGUUCCCGCUGGGCGAGAGCGAUGGUGCCUGGCCCACCUCGGCUGUGAAGCGAGAGUGCGUCCCAGACCUCCUCCGAGUGGAGCCCGGAGCAGGCAUGUCUACGGGGUUCUCCUUCGGGUCCGGGACGCUAGGCUCCACCACCUUGGCCGCCGGCGGAACCGUUACUGGCGGCGGUUUCUCCUUCGGGACAGGGGCGUCUAGCACCCCUUCUGUGGGGCUCAGUUUUGGAGCUCUUCCCGGAAGCACUGCGACUCCAGCGACUACAUCUGCUCCUGCCAGUGGUUUUGGAACUGGAGUCUUUGGAUCUAAGUCUUCCACUGGGUUCACUCUGGGAGGAACAAGUACAGGAACACCAGCCACUACAUCUGCAUCUACAACAGGCUUCAGUUUAGGAUUCAAUAAACCUGCAGCAUCUGCCACACCAUUUGCUCUACCUAUUACAUCUACCUCAGCUAGUGGUCUCACUCUGUCGUCUGCUCUGACAUCAACUCCAGCAGCAUCCACAGGAUUUACUCUAAAUAAUUUGGGAGGAACAACAGCUACAACUACAUCAGCAUCAACAGGCCUUUCUUUAGGGGGAGCCUUAGCUGGUUUGGGAGGUUCACUUUUCCAGAGUGCAAACACAGCAACAUCAGGUCUUGGACAGAAUGCAUUAAGUUUGACUUUGGGAACUACAGCAGCCACGUCGACUGCAGGCAAUGAAGGCCUUGGCGGUAUAGAUUUUAGUAGCUCAUCUGAUAAAAAGAGUGAUAAAACAGGAACAAGACCAGAAGAUAGUAAAGCACUGAAGGAUGAAAAUCUACCUCCUGUCAUCUGUCAGGAUGUUGAAAAUCUCCAGAAAUUUGUGAAGGAACAAAAACAGGUCCAAGAAGAAAUUAGUAGAAUGUCUUCAAAAGCAAUGCUUAAAGUCCAAGAAGAUAUUAAAGCUCUGAAACAGCUUUUGUCAUUGGCUGCCAGUGGCCUGCAGAGAAACACACUCAAUAUUGACAAACUGAAAAUAGAGACUGCUCAGGAGUUAAAGAAUGCUGAAAUAGCUUUAAGAACCCAGAAAACACCGCCUGGACUUCAGCAUGAAAAUACAGCUCCUGCAGACUACUUCAGGAUCUUGGUCCAACAAUUUGAGGUACAGCUUCAGCAGUACAGACAGCAGAUUGAAGAACUAGAAAAUCAUCUUGCCACUCAAGCAAAUAACUCACAUAUAACCCCUCAAGAUUUAUCAAUGGCUAUGCAGAAAAUUUAUCAAACAUUUGUAGCGCUAGCUGCACAACUUCAGUCUAUUCAUGAAAAUGUAAAGGUGCUUAAAGAACAGUACCUUGGCUACAGAAAAAUGUUCUUGGGAGAUGCUGUAGAUGUGUUUGAAGCCAGGAGAGCAGAAGCUAAGAAGUGGCAGAACGCACCCAGAGUCACCACUGGACCAACCCCUUUCAGCACCAUGCCAAAUGCAGCAGCCGUUGCCAUGGCUGCAACACUUACACAGCAGCAACAGCCUGCUACAGGGCCACAGCCAUCUCUGGGAGUUAGUUUUGGAACGCCAUUCGGCUCAGGUAUUGGCACUGGCUUGCAAUCAAGUGGCUUAGGUUCUUCAAACCUUGGAGGAUUUGGAACUAGCUCUGGUUUUGGAUGCAGCACCACAGGGGCCUCCACAUUUGGAUUUGGAGCAACAAAUAAACCCUCAGGAAGUCUUAGUGCAGGCUUUGGCAGCUCAAGUACAUCUGGGUUUAACUUCAGCAACCCUGGCAUCACGGCAUCAGCUGGUUUGACAUUUGGGGUGUCCAAUCCUGCCUCUGCAGGUUUUGGAACAGGAGGACAACUCCUUCAGUUGAAGAAACCUCCAGCUGGAAACAAAAGAGGAAAAAGAUAAACAUGGGUUGAUGUCUUUGAGAGAAUCCUUAGCAAGCACUGUUCAUUCUAUGAAUCUAUUUUUCUAACAAUGCAGUAAUUGAAUUGCACCCCAGGAGAUUUAUAAAGUUUUGAUAUUUUUCCCUGCUCUGGGAUUUGAACCUUGUUUGCCAUACUGAACAUCUUUCUUGUGAAUUUAAAAUCCAGUUGUGUUUUGGUUUUGUUUUUUUUGUUGUUGUUGUUGUUGUUUUUUCAUUAUUUUUGAUCCUCCGUGUAAGAAAUGUGAUGACAUUACUACAGUGGUUUAAAAAAAAAAAAUUUAAUCUAAAGCCUAUUAUUUAACCUAGUGUUAAUGGCAGUGUUUUUGUUGAUAAGGUUUACAUUAUGAGAAUAUAUGCACAUUGGUUUCUUACAAAGAUGGUAUGAACUCUUGGACCUAUACUAGAAUUACUUUGUUCAUUGAAAAGGCCUUUUGAACUACACUGCAGGGCAUCUUGUGAAUAUGUAUGUAAUUAUAUACAGAAUAAUACACACAAUUGUGUAUGCAUAUAAAAAUAUAUAUUUCCAGACCUACAACUUUUGCCUCAGACUGUUCUCCUUUUCUAAGGUAUUCAAUUUUUCACCUUUAAGUUUCAAAUCCUGUGCUUGUAAAAUGAUCACCUAGAAGUACCCUGUCAUUUCACUUGUUUGCAAGACUUAUUAAAUGGUUAUUGAUGUAAAUAUUUAAGCAACUCAACUUCAGUGUCCCCGGUCUUUUCCAUUUUUGUUUCUAUCUUAACCUUUAGCAGCUGCUCCAAAUGAGGAAUGCUGUGAGACUCAUCAAAUUUCAGCAACUUUUAUUACCCUAUAUAUUCUCACAUUACUUCUUUGAGAUCUUUUCUCCUAGCUGAGAUGGACUUUCAGGAGUGUAGUUGAACUCCAGACUCAUGUUCUGGGGGCAAAGAGCUAUUAAGCCAAAUUGAAUCUAUGCAGGUGAAGGGUGGUGCACCGUUACUUCAGUGAGAGCCUUUCUAACUGUUUCAAUGCAGAGUUCCUUCCUAUAGGGCUAUUGGUUUUGACACCAAAUGGAGUGGCUUCUAAGCCUACUAAUGUCUUAAGUGAGUGCUUAAUUUGGAAUAGAGAAACAAUGUAUUUUAAGAAAAAAAAAACUACUCUUUUUAGCAACUAUUAACUCUUCCCCAGUUUUAACAGUGAGCAGAUCUCCAGGUCAUAGCACACAGGCAUGUCAGGUUGCAUCUGUGAUACUUGUCUCUGUUAGUAUUAGUGAUGUUUAGUGGGUAAACAGGAACCCUAGGAAAGAGAAUUGCCUUAGCCAUGAGUUAGAAAGAAACUGUUAGGUAGACCUAUUUAUCUUUCAAGUACAGUUUGCAGAUGGGAUGUAAACAUGGAAUUCCAUUGAAAAUAGUUUAAUUUUUUAUAUAGAACGUUUUGUAUAUAAUGUGCAUCAGUGAAUAUUUUCAGAAUCAUUUUCACCAAGGCACCUUUUUUUCUAAAAUAGGUAUGGUGUAUAUAAACGUAUACACACAUAUAUUUUUAGUAUAAUGUUAUUUGGGUUUAAAGUGUUGUCACAUCUGUUUUAUUUAUCUGCAUUUGGCAAUAAUUGGCUGUCUUGAAUUUUUUUGCAUCUUGAUGCAUUAAAUAAGGAAAAUUAUUUAUCUGUGAGCAGUUGCAUAUUUCUCUAGUACUGCAAUCCCCAGAUCCAGAUCAUGGGGAAGUUAAGAAAAAGAUGUGAUUUUUGCAUUUUGAAUUAUAGUCAGUUAUAUACACAGUUACAACAUUUUUUUUAAAAGGACAUUGCAUUGUGCUGCAAAAAUACAAAUAUUUCUAUUUCUUGAUGUUUUUUCUUUAUAUGCAUUUUCAUAUGUUGAACUACUAGAAAUCUGUAACUGAUUUAAUUUGUGAUAGGAGUUUGAGUGUGCUGUUGUUGUCUCCUUGUCCUCACUUUGUCCAGAGCCUAUUAUGGAAACAAUAAAAUUUAUUGUGUCAGUUGCUGUGAAUCUUUAUAAGUGUCAAUAGUUGUUCUUAAUACUUGUAAUUUUAAUUGUUCUUUUAUUCUCUUUAGUUUUUACUGUUUUCUGA